GAAGGUUGAAGAGAUCAUGAUCCCAAAUGACAUUCAAGUUGAGCGACUUCAUCCGUUUCCAAGAAAGAAUACAUUUGAUAAUCAUCACUUUCAUACCAAGAUGAUCAGAACAUUCCCUUUGAUCGAACCAGAAGAUGAUAAAGUUUCACCGUUUUAUGAAGAGAUUCAAUUGUUCAAGCGUGGAAGAGGAGGAGGAAGAGCAAGAAGAAGAACUGAAGCCAAAGCUGCUCGAGCUGAAGCAAAAGCAAACGCACCUUCUCAAGGCAAGCAACAACAGAAACCCGCAGCAGCGCAACAACAACAUAACCCCGCACCCGGACCUGCGAAGAAGGGAGGUAUGAGCAAAGGAAAAGCUGCUUUGCUGGUUGCUGGUGGAGCGGCUGCAGGAGCUACAGCUGUUCACGCAAUGAGCGGUGGCGGCGGUGGUGGUGAUCCAAAUGCACCUCCAGCGUGAUUUGAGAUCCUUUGUUUUAUUGUAUUUGUUAUGUACACCAAUUUGUAUUCUCAUGUUUGAUUUCAAUUCUAUCUUUCUGACUUUUAAUAAUAGUGCGGAGCAUCUUGUAUCAAUCUUGUAUUUUAGUAGCAGGUCAGGAAUCGUAAGCAAACCUGCUUGCUGAGCAUAUGACUCAUUUGUUUGCCCUAUUCCAGCUUUUUGAUUUGCCACUGAUUAGAUUGUACUGGUCAGAUUGACAUGUUUGUCUUGCAUCGAUCAAAAGGGUGGCUGAAGAAAG